GGAACUUCCUGGUUCCCGGGAUCGGCUUCGCCGGGAUCCUCUUGGAAGGGAAACAAUGGGGCGGAGAGCACUGCAGUAGCCGCCGCCGCGCGGGACCUGCUCGGCCGCCCGGGACUGCCAGCCCUGCCUGUUGCCCGCAGCCUCCGCCGACGGGACCGUCCUGAGAAAUAGGACAUGUAUUCCUCUGAGAAACCUUGGACAGCAGAUUUUGGUUUAAUAUCUGAUUGGGACAACAUACAGAGACAUUUCCAGUCAUGAAUUCGGACCAGGAUGUAGCCCUCAAACUUGCCCAAGAACGAGCUGAAAUUGUUGCUAAAUAUGACAGAGGACGAGAAGGUGCAGAGAUUGAACCUUGGGAGGAUGCUGAUUAUCUUGUUUACAAAGUCACGGAUAGAUUUGGCUUUUUGCAUGAGGAGGAGCUCCCCUAUCAUAAUGCAGCUAUGGAACGGCAAAAGCACUUGGAAAUUGAAAGAACUACCAAAUGGCUGAAAAUGCUAAAAGGAUGGGAAAAAUACAAGAACACUGAAAAGUUUCACAGAAGAAUUUACAAAGGAAUCCCCCUCCAGCUCCGGGGUGAGGUCUGGGCUCUCCUUCUUGAGAUCCCUAAAAUGAAAGAAGAAACACGAGACCUUUAUAGUAAAUUAAAACACAGAGCACGGGGCUGUUCACCUGAUAUCAGACAGAUAGACCUUGAUGUCAACCGUACAUUUAGGGACCAUAUUAUGUUUAGAGACAGAUACGGUGUUAAGCAACAGUCUUUAUUCCAUGUUCUUGCUGCAUAUUCUAUAUAUAAUACGGAAGUUGGGUACUGUCAGGGAAUGAGCCAAAUCACAGCUUUGCUUCUCAUGUACAUGAACGAGGAAGACGCUUUUUGGGCCCUCGUCAAACUCUUCUCAGGCCCCAAACAUGCCAUGCAUGGCUUUUUUGUCCAAGGUUUUCCUAAACUCUUGCGGUUUCAAGAACAUCAUGAAAAAAUACUGAAUAAAUUUCUGUCUAAACUUAAGCAACACUUGGAUUCUCAAGAAAUCUAUACAAGCUUCUAUACAAUGAAGUGGUUUUUUCAAUGUUUCCUUGAUCGUACUCCCUUUACACUAAACCUCAGAAUAUGGGAUAUCUACAUCUUUGAAGGAGAACGAGUUCUUACUGCUAUGUCUUACACAAUUUUAAAAUUACACAAAAAACAUCUAAUGAAAUUGUCUAUGGAAGAACUUGUAGAAUUUCUUCAGGAGACUCUAGCAAAGGACUUUUUCUUUGAAGAUGAUUUUGUAAUAGAGCAACUUCAGAUUUCUAUGGCAGAACUAAAGCGGGCAAAGUUAGACCUCCCAGAACCUGGUAAAGAGGAUGAAUAUCCAAAGAAACCAUUGGGGCAGCUUCCACCUGAAUGUCUUUCUGGUGGAAUUAACCACAUUAGCAAUGGGCAAAGAAGUGUUGGCAGGCCCAGUCCCCAUAUAAACAGCAGAAGAGAAAGUGGCUCAUCACCUCACAGAAAGCAUGAGCACUCCCCCCACCAUCAGAAUAAAACUGGUACACCAGAACGAGUGAGGCAGCUCAGACAGAAAUCAGUGGAUGAAGAUAGUAAAAAUCUUAAAGAUGAGAAUUUUCAAAGAAAACUUUCUUCAGGUCCACAAGACAAUUCCAGGCACUAUAACCAUGCAGCUGCUAACCAAAAUAGCAAUGCUACUUCAAAUAUCAAGAAGGAAUUUAUGCCCAAAUGGAAUAAACCAUCAGAUAGUUCAGCUGUUGAAAGAACUGCCAAAUAUGUCAUCGAAGGCAAAAGCAGAUCGGUCCACCCCAUACUUACAGUCACCACUCCAAGUUCUGCUGAUGCUCGGAUAGCAAAUGCAAGGCAGAAGAUGAAGGUCUUGGAUGGUGAUGAUGGGAAGCGGGGCUCUAAUGCAUCACAGUAUGAUAAUGUUCCUGGGAGUGAAAAUGAAAACGGAGCUUCUGUUGAAGAGGCACUAGAGAGGGCUUACUCUCAAAGUCCAAGGAAUGUCAUUUACUCCAACAGUCCAAGAAAGCACGCUGAGCCAGGUUGUAGUCCACCAAAAGUACUCAACAAGUUUACCUUUAAAGUACAGCCUCCAAGCUAUGGAAAAUAUCCAUCUCAGUUAGAAGAAGAUCAAGGGACCAUGUAUCCUCCAUCCUACAGCAAUCCCCCUGUUUACCAUGGAAAUUCUCCGAAACACAUCCCCACUGCUAACAGCUUUGUGUCUCCGCAGAUUAGUCCUGGAACUCAAAUGAAUCCUUCCAGGAGACCUUAUGUUUCUACUCUUUCAGUUGAUACUUCUCCAGAGAAACCUUAUAGCGGUCUAGCCCCUCUUGUACUACCAUCUAGUCGAAUAGAAGUCCUUCCUGUUGAUAUUGGUGCUGGGGGAUACUCGGGCCAUUCAGGGUCACCAAAGAAUGGUAAAUUUAUCAUUCCUCCAGUAGAUUAUUUGCCAGAUAACAGAAAAUGGUCAGAAGUUGGUUAUACAUGCAGACCAGAGAUGCAUGGACAAUCAUGGACUCGAGAUACUAACCGUAGCCACUUAAGCAAUUUACCAAAAUAUUCAGCCUUUCAACAUGUGCCCUUUCAGGACCAUAACCUCCCAGCAGUUUCAGUUGAUAGCCCAGUGCGGUAUAAAACUUCACCAGCUAUAGAUGAUGCCAGUCCAGCUGGGUAUCAAUAUGCAGGGCCCUUGCCUCCAGCAUAUCACUAUAGAAAUCGGGAGGGGCUUUCUGUUCAAGAGUCAGUAUUGCUGUGAGAGUUUAUCCUUACUAAAGGCAAGAGAAUAGAAACUAUGAAACCUGCAUUGCUAUGUUUUAAUUGCCAAAGCAGUAUUUGAUAUUAUUGUAAACAACUCGCACAAUUCUCAUGUAUAUUAGUAAUAAGAAUAUUUAGAAAUGUUUUCAUCCCCAUGUAGAUGCUGCUUAAGAUGAGCAUUUUAAAUUGCAUCAUCACUGAACCUCUUAAAAAUUUAACCUGGAAACAUAGCAAUAGCACUUAGGGAUGCACGCAGUGAUGAUUCUUUACUCAGUUUCAUUUAUAUCGUUCUCAAAACCUGGACAUUUUCAUUCUGUUGGCCCAUUCUAUUUUGGCAAAUAUUACAAAGCCCUGAAAAACUGUUGAGCAGAUAUUUUUGAGGCUCUAUGUGGUGUAUGUGUCUUUUAAUAGAUAUUAUAGUCAUCUAUGCAUACACAUUUGAGCACAGAAUUGAAGAAAUAUUUUUUAAAACUAUUUUCAGUCUCCAUGAAAUAAUGUUACUCUUCUUUUCCUUAUCUUUUAGUCCAGUUUUUCCCCUUCAUAUUUUUUAACUUAAAACCUAACCUGAAUAAAAGUUUACCUGACUUUGUUAAUACAUCUCAGCAAAUGCUCAUCAUUCUCCUUCAGCUGCUGCCAUUUUCUUUCAGUCUGAAAAUUAAAGACAUUGGAGAGAAAAGCUAACCACUCAAUGGUGCUUAAAAACUGGAGCAGUUAAGCCAAAGGUGCAGCACUUAUUGUAUCUGGACCCCAGAUCAGUCUUAGUGCUUCCGUGCUCUUUGCUCUGGUCUGACUUUCACAGCUCAGAGCAGACUAUUCCUUGGCAGAAGCCGGGGAAAUGCUGCAGCACAGCUCUCUAGGGAUUCUGCAAGAGAAGCUACACUGCUUGUGCAGCACUUGCAGAAGAAGUCCAUGUCAGGGCAGGGUUUGUAGUAUGGUCACUUCUCACUCUGCCCCUUCAUUCUUUCAGGGCCUCCUCCCCAAGGGCCCAGGGUAGUUGUUAACAUGAGCUAUUUCUGACACUCUUUCUUUAAAAAUGUAGUCAACCUGAUAUUGCUGCUCGUACCAGUCCUCCACAUUAGCUUUUACAUUAUUUAUCCAUAUUAAAAUUGUAAAAAAAAAAAUUUACCUUAAUUGUUAUUAGAAGUCUAGAAUUUUAAUUCUUUUUAAAAAUACAGUGUGACUUUUAUACUUUCAAAAGUCUUCUUUUUCUUUUUUCACUGGUGAAAAAAAAUUUAGGUUCAUGGUUAAAAAAAAAAUCAGUGAUGUCUUUUUUUUUGGUACCAGGAGUCAAACUCGGGACCUUACGCUUGCUAGGCAGGCGGUGGAACCACUGAGCUAAAUCCCUGGCCCAGUGAUGUCUUUAAAAAUAUCCUAUUACACUACAGUUACCAAACACUGAACACUGACAAAAUUUUGGGCACUGCACAAAAGUAAGACAUUGUAUUUAAGUGGAGUGCUUGUUUUCAACAUUACUUUGCUCAUAUUUGCAUAACAGAAAAUAGAUAAUCUAACAUUGAUGGUUCUUCCUGUUGCAAGUUAGGGCUGUAAGCUUUUGAGGUACAAGAAUAUGUCUUAAAAUGAAAGUAACAUUUGUUUAGCUAGUGAAUGUAACAAUGUAUAUAGAAUAUAAUUUUAAUCAACUUUGGAAUGAUGUUAUUGGCAAAACAAAUGCAGUGUGUUAAAGUUAAACUACACUGAAACUCAAAAUUCUGGUAAAAUAACUGGGCUUUUGAUUUAGAUCAUGUGGAAGCUGAGAAAUAAAUGUAUAUAAAGAUGUAGCAGAUGAUAUUAAGUCCAAUUUUUAAACUAUGAUUCUGUGACUUGUAAUGAACCAAGCUGUAUAAUUUAGUUUAUUAUAGCAGCAUCUGAGCUGCUCCAAAAUAUAUAUCAACAGUGGGAAAUACUGUAGAUUUAUAUAUAUGCACAAAAUAGUAUAUAUAUAUAUAUAUAUAUACACACACACACACACACACACAUACUAUUUUCUUAUGUCAUCUAUGACAGUUUUUACCUGUAUGCUUUUUUAUGUAAUUUUAUUAACAUGCUGAAAGUAAUAUUUUAUUUUGUCUUUUGUGUGCAUUUGUUUUUAAUAUGGCAAAAGUGCUGUAUCUCUGAUGCCUUUAAGGCUAAUUCUUUUUUAAUUGAGUAGAUGUUGCCUGGUGUUCAUCCAUAAUGCUUUAUAUGUGUUACAAUUCUAUGUUGUAUGUUGUAUUAGUUUGUAGUAAGACUGUAUUUAGAACUACAUUACCUUUUCUUUAUUUAAUGAAAUUACUAAUAGCAAUAAGGUUUUAUUUUCAUUUUAAAAUGUACCUGUUAGUUUUUUAAGUGGGAAAAUUUAAUUUGAAAUUUUGCCACCAUACAGUUUUCCUCUUUCAAAUUUAUUUUUUAAUAAAAGAUAAUGAAGUAAUGGUAAAAAGUGAAAUAAUAUUGGCAAAGUAGGUCAAAAUGUAUUUAUAUAAAACAUAUUUUGUAAGGGUAAUUUUACUCUAUAACUGCAUACACAUAAUGUGUUUUUCCAUUGAUUCUUUUCUUCCUGACAGUUUUUCCCAACAUAAUAAGCAUUUUGGAAUGUUUUUUUAUCUUUAUGAUUCUUUUUUAAAUUCUUAUCUUGAGAAGUUAAACUAGACCCAAGUUCUCAAAAGCUUUUAAAACUUUGACUCUUUCAGGUGUUUAUUUUUAAAGGAUUUAAAAAAAAUAAAUAACUUCUUAAAUCUGAGAUAUAUAUAUAUAUAAAGUCAGGUCAGAGUAUCAAUGAUAGGUUUCUUGAAAGAAUGAAAAAAGUAGGACAUUUCUGGAGAAGAAAAACAUUUUUUAUAGGAUGUAAUUUUUUUCCAUUUUAAGACAUUUCUAACUUGUGUCAUACUCAGCAUCACUUUUGUAGUUGUAGUCAUCUAAAACUUUGGUUUCCAGUGUAAUACAGUCCCCAUUCAGUACUUAGCAGUCAGCAGUUUUCAUUUUCAUGAUUAGAGAAAAACAUGCUGUGUCUCCAAAUGUGGUUUUACUCGGAGGACCUACAGCUUCCUCUUCUGAAAAUAGUAUUUUUCUCAGCUCUUAGAAUCACGCCUCUAUUUUAGUGUGCACCUCAUGGUGUGUAUGCACCUUAAUCUUACUAUGAUUAAGAUUUUGGGAUUUUUUUUGUUUUAAAUUUUCCUUAAGGGGAUUUUAAAUGUCUAAAUCUACUGUGGAUAAUAGUGUGGAUAAGAUGACCCAAGGUAUUGAGAAUGGAAAAAAAAGAAUACAUUUAACAUUUUUAUACAUUUUACAUUUAGAAAGAUUUUCACUUUUAUCUAUAAAUCAACAUAUAAUUGCCACCAAUUUAUAGAUAAAAAGGCUAAGAAAUAAAGGAACUUUUUAGAUUUCUUAAGAGUGAAUCUUUAGUUUGUUGCUCUUUUUCUGGUAAACUUCAAAGUUUUUUUCUGCUUGGGUCCCACACCUCACCAUGCUUAAGUCAUAGUAUCUGGUAUGGAACUUAAGCAUCAGAUAAUUGUAUUUUUUCCCAUAACUUAAAGUUUAAUCAUUAAGUCCUUUGUUAGCACCCCACCUCCCAUCUUAUUUUCUUAUUAUGGGCAAGCUCAAAAAUCCCUAACAGAUCAAAUUGCAGAGUUUAGAAACUCUGAUGUCAGCAAAGCUAGGAAGUUUUUCAUUGGAAAGAUUUAACAUUACUAGCCAUCUAUGCACAUUUCAAUGAACUACUGCCAGUCAUAGUGUGAAUGGCUUCAGAUAGGUAGCAUGGUCCUGUAACUUUCUCUAUUUGCUGCUUCCAGUAGUCCUUGAAAACAGGUGAGGCCUUACUAAGUUUUCCAUUUUCUACACAACUAUCUCAUUUUCUUUCUCGUGUUUAGAAACUCCUCAGCUAUUUGGAAGAGUAAGACCUGAGAAGAUGCUGAGUACUCUGGUUCUUCAUUUGACCAGUCAUUUUAUUGGGCAUCUACAGUGUACUAGGUCCACACUUAGGUUGUGAGACAAGCUUUGUAAUCUGUAUGUCUCCAUUCGGUGUUGGAAGUGCAUAGCGGCUGUUACUAUAGGCAGAGAAAGACCAAAAGUGAACCUAGCUCCAGGUUCUGGGAAGGCUUGUGAGUUGCCUCUACUGAGCUAAAGAGUAUUAGCGUAGUCAUAGACAAAAGGCAGGGAAAAAGUGGCAUUCUGUGGAGAGGUGAAUGGCGAGAACUAUUGCGUGGUUUGGGGAAAUUUGCCCCCUUGAUAGGUCUGUAAUUGUGGGGGAUGUGGGGUGAAUUCCAUAGAGACCAGAUUAUGGACGGCCUUAGGGCCUGAUCCUGAAGGUGAAUUUUGCCACAGUUCAUGUUUCCAUUUCUUCCGUGGUCCCUUGAGGCUGUGGAGAAUAGGUUCGAAGAAACAAGCCAGAGGUGGUUAGGCAGACCUGAGGCCAUGGUGAGUGUAGAGCUUAAGGCCAGGGAAGAAGUUGUGAAGAAAAGGUGAUUCAGAACUAAUUACUAAAUGAAAUUGGCCAGAGUUGACAAAGUAAUCUGAAUAAUCCUAAUAGGAAAAGGAGCUAACACCCAAUGCUUAUGUUUGUUGCUGUGCUAAGCAUUUUACUUGUAUUACCUUUAAUCCUCACAAUAACUGUGGAAUAUAUACUAUUGUAAUUCCCAGUUUACCAUUGAGAAAACUAAGGCUCAAAGUUUAACUGGCAGCUAGUUAAGUAAUAGCACCAGGACUAGAAUCUAAUUUGAAUCCCCAGCCUGUGUUUCUUGCCCUACCCCUGAAGUAAUUUAAGGGAAUAAAAUUUACCUAUCAUAAAACUCAACCGUUUUAAGUUUCUGCUUUUUUUUUUUUUGUAAUAGUGCAGUCAUCUCAGCUAAUACGAGAACAUUUUCAUUACUGCAAAAAAGAUCUUAUUCCCAUUUGCAAUCACACCCAUACCCAUUUUAAGCCUCAGGCAGCCACUGAUCCACUUUCUGUCCUGAUUUGCCCUUUGUGGACACUUUAUAUAAAUCUUUAUAUAAAUGGAACCAAAUAAUGCAUCUUUUGUAUUUGGCUUCUUUCUUAGCAUUGCUUUUGCAUAUAUCAGUAAUUACUUUCCUUUUUAUUACUGUCUAGUGUUCUGUUGUAUGGCUAAGCCACAUUGUGUUACCCAUUCACUCGUUGAUAGAUUCAUGAGUUGUUUGCACAUGCUGUUGUGCCAUUUGUGUACACAUGUUUAAGUGGAUACAUGUUUAACUUUUAAGAAACUUCCCAACUUUUCUAAAGCAGCUGUAGCCUUCCCCCUUCCUACCCACAGUGGAAGAGGGCUCUGGUUUUCCACAUCUGUGCUAACACUUGCGAUUAUCUGAUUUUUAAAAAAUUAUAGCCGUCCUAGUGGAUGUGAAGUAUUUCAUUAUGGCUUCAGUUUGCAUUUCCCUAAUAGCUAAUGAUGUUUUCAUAUGCUUGUGAGCCAAUUGUAUUUCCUCUUUGGUGAAAUGUCUAUUUACAUUUUUGUUCUUUUUAAUCCAGUUUUAUUUUUAUUGAAUAGGAAGAGUUAAUGUAUUCUGGAUACAAGUUCUUUAUAAGAAAUGAUUUGCAAAUAAUUUCUCCCACCCUGUGACUUGUGUAUAAUUUCUUAAUGGUGUCUUUUGAAAUGCAAAUAUUUUUAAUUUUAAUGAAGUCUAAUUUAUUAGUUUUUCUUGUAUAGAUUGUCUUUUAGUACUGUAUUUCCUGCGUAACUUGAGGUCACAAAGAUUUUUUCUCCUGUUUCAUUCUGAAAGUUUUAUAGUUUUUGCUGUUAAAUUUGGGGAUAUGAGCCAUUUUGAUAUAUAGGGUGAGGUAAGGAUAUAAAUUCCAGCAGAUGGCCAAUGACCUCGACACCAUGUGCUAAAAAAAAGACUUCCCUCAUUGCACCUCUGUCAAAAGUCAAUUGAGCAUAUGUGUAGGAGUUUAAGUUUUGAAAUUGUUAAGUGUAAAUUCUCCAACUCCAUAAUUUUCCAUAUGUGCAGAGGUAGAAACAUUAAUUUUUCAUACUUGGUAUUCUGAGGCCUUUGGAUUUAUUUCUAUGUAGAUUUUAGGAUCUGCUUAUCAGUUUCUGCCAAACAGACUGCUAGGGUUUUUAUAGGGAUUAUUUUGAAUCUAUGUAUGAGUUCAGGAAGAUUAUCAUGUUAACAUCGAAUCUUCCAGUCUAUAAGCAUAGAAUAUCUCUCCAUUUAGUCUCACCUUUAAUUUCUCUCAGCAAUGUUUUAUAUGGUACAUGGCUUCCACUUCUUUUGAUAAAGUUAGUCAUAAAGUUAGUCAUAUUUAUUCUUUUUUUUGUGGAGGUGGGUGGGUCAGGGCUUUAGCUCAGUGGUUCCACCACCUACCUCCCAAGCGCAAGGUCCCAAGUUCAAUCCCCGGUACAAAAAACAAAAAAAAAGGGACAUAUUUAUUCUUUUUUGAGUGGGGCUAUUUUCUUCUGAAUUUGUGCUCUGACAUUCUGCUGAAGGAGGAUUGAUUCCCAAGCUGAGUGGAAGGGUGGAUGAUGGGGCCACCAUAUGAUAAAAAGACUUCAGGAGAAGGGGCCAGUUUAGCUUUGGUGGGAAAACUUCUGUUUUGACAUGAAGAAUUUUAGGAUUCGGGAUUGACAGUUCGUAUUGUCUGACAGGCAGUUGGCUGCUCCAGAGAGCUCGGGCUGGCCAGCAUGAAAGAUGUAUAGUCAUGAGAGAGUGCCCACCCUGGGAGGAGGUGCCAACAGAGGAUGGAGAGUCAGUGCUGACAAAAACAACUGGAGUUCGUUUUAAAUUAUAAGCCAUGAGUAAUAACAUUUAGCAGAGUCCACUUUGACAAAGAACAAUGUUCCUUUGCAUUUAUCAGUUCAGUAAAGUGGACUAAAGGCUGUCAAGUCUGUAGGGUAGUCUGAGUUGAGUUGCUACUGAGUGUGACCUUAAAACAAGUUAUAUUCUCUUACUGGGUCCACUUUGCUCAGCUACAAAGUAUGAGCAUUUAAGAGGUGCCAGAGAGAGGAACAGUCAUGAACUGACUCCACCAUAUUUGAGUGCCCAGUGACUGGAGUCUGCCUUGGAUAUGGACUUUGCAUGUGUGACUGGCCAUUCUUUUAGGUCCUAAUAGAAUUGGGAUGGGACAGGACAAGUCCUUGUCCUUGUGGAGCUUAUAUUCCACUUCCUCCUCAUCUAUAAAAUGGAUAUUGUAGUUUUUAUUUCAUAGUUCUGAGGACUAAAUGAGUUAAAGUGCUUGAAAGUGUCCUCCCACUAAUAGUUUGUAAUAUUAUUUAUAAUCAUGGCACACAGUGCUACGUUCUAGUGACCAAGAGGGAGAUGGCCUUGUUUUUAUGGACCCAAGAGCCUAGAGGAGAACAGAGGAAAAGCAAUAAACUUGCAGAUGAUACAUGAGAGAGAAAGCAUGCUUGGUACAGUUUAAGAUGAUGCCAGGGCUGAUGAAGUAGAUUUUCCAAGGAGGAAAUGAUCAGUGGUAUAAAAUGCAGCAGAAAGGUCAAGUGAUGGGAGACUGAAAAGUCAAUUUGAAUUUACAAUUAGGAGCUCUUUGCUGUAGUGCUGUCCCUUCUAGAGCCCCAGUCAGAUUGCAGUGAUCACAGGUGAAAGUGGAAAGUGAUGGGCCUCUCAAAAGAUGUGGAUGAAGAGUAGCUGGAAUGAAAGAUGCAGUUAAGUCAGAGAUGGGGAGGAGGGAUGAAUAUAUAUGGAAAACUGGUAAUUGGAAAUCAGUUUGACUUCAAAAUUCUCAAGUACCUCUACAAUAAGACCCUUUGGUUUUAUUCCACUGUUGUAUUACAUAUUCUUAAGUAUUAAAACAAUUAUUAAA